UUUUGUGUUGACGUUUUCCGUUUAGUUUUGUAGCACUUUGUAUGGUAUGGUAGUCGCCAACUAUACGUCAGGGUAUCUUAAUUCACAACCGUAUACAUGUUCUGUACAAAUUAUGUACUUGUGUUUUUUAGGACAGUUGUAGAACCUCAAAAUAAUUAUGUCAAAAACAACUUCACUCGACUUGUUACAAACCAUGUGACGAGGAAGGUUUCAUAUUUGAUAUCAGGUGGAAGACCAAAUUUCAAAUAUUUCCUGGAUUUUUGUUUUAUGAUAAUAUCAGUUGCUUGUGAUAACUUAUCAGUAACUGUGUGAAAAUGUCUUGGAUUAACUCUUUUUAUGUGUUGUGUUCCGUGUGCCAAGUGACUUCUCAGCAGUUUGAUACCUAUACCUAUUUUCUUGAAGAUUUAGACCACGAUUUUAUGACUGCAUAUGGUUUUAAGGGAAACGACAGUUGGUAUCCCAAUUCAACAAUUACUAAGCCAUGUGCAGCCUUUCUUAAGUCAUAUGCAGAACAUACAUCAGUUUUUACCAAGUGUUUAGUGGAAAAUGCUCGUCCAUUUCGACUUUGUGAAACAUGUGUAAAGCCAUUCAAGAAAGCCAUAACAGUAUUUGAGGAUAUGAAUGAUGAAUCCAACCCUUGCUUCAAACGCCUGCUUGGAGCUGACAGAGUACAAGUGAUUCGACUGCUCAACAAUAACAUGCAGUCAAUGUGGAAAAUGGCAGACUGUAAAAACUGUUUUUCAUCUGUCACAGAGGAUCCUAAUAAUGGAACAGUCAAUGUUACUGUGAGUAACAGCACAGAGGAAUUCCAGCAACUGUUUCAUACACUUGGAAAGUGCAUGAAUGACACCAUAGAGAAUCCAGAUGAGAAUGGACCCACCAAUGUUACAGUGUGUACGAAAUGUCGAGUAGACUAUCGAUCUCUGAACAAACACUUUGAAUCUAUCCAGGAUGCAACAAUGAAUCAUGCCUGUAUGGAUGUAGUGGAUAUGAUGAACUACACACGAUUAAUAUGGAGUGAUCGAUACAAUUGCACUCACCGGAAAGGAGAUGAUGGGCCCGUGUUGGGAGUUGCCAUUGUCAUAUGCCUACUGCCAAUAGUUUUCUAUGUUUGUCAUCGAGUGUAUGGUAACAGAUACCCGAAACAAAUUGUUCAACGUAAAAAAAAGAAUGCAUCGACCUGCCGAAUCACUGUAUGGAAGUACAGCCAAUUCCUGCAGCAUAGAUUCCAGAAGUUCUAAUACUAGCAGUUGAUGAUAGUUAGAUCCUAUCAUUAAAUGUAUUAUUUGUAUGAUCUGCAACUUCUCAUUAUUUUAAAGAAAUGUUCGAGCCAAACUACCUCUUGUCAGUAGAUAUAAAAUUAAAAAAAUUGUUUAAAUUGUGCUAAUUACGUAUCAGGUUUAUUGCUGCUCGCAUUAGUUGUAAUCCAUGUAAAAAUGGACAGUGAUUCAUACGAAGCUCUAUGUUACCAUUUGGUUGUAAUGCUAAUAUGAAUAAACAUUAUCCAGAUUCAGACAAGUCUGCAAGUACGUACACUAGCAGGUAGUUUUGAAACAAUUUGUAACAUAAAUAAUAUUUUAUCAGUCACCUGUGAAGCAUUCUCUCUGAAUGAACAGAUUGUAUUAUUAGAUGUCAUCUGUAAAAGUUUAAAGUUUGUUUUGUUUAACACCACCACUAGAGCACAUUGAUUUAUUAAUCAUCGGCUAUUGGAUGUCAAAUAUUUUUUAAUUCUGACAUUAUCUUAGAGGAAACCCAC